CCCCGCUCACCUUUACCAUGCUGCAGCAGACCCGUGUCUCCAAAGGCAGCUCUGAAUUCUGGGGGAACGCCAGCCUGGACGGGCAGCUCAGCCAUCUCCUGGAAGGGCUUAAUGUUACCCAGGUACUGCCGCUGGAGCCCCCAGAUGCCUGGGCCAGGCGGCAGCAGGAUGUGGCCACCUACCUGGGCUACUUCGGCCAGCUGGUGAAGCUCUUCAGCAAGGAGAGGCCUAUCAACUACACCCAGAGCCUGUGCUGCCGCUUCGGCUGCUGCCUCUUCCCCAAUGGCACAACCCAAAGCUUCUACGAGGUGACGCUCAAUGGGACGGCUUUCCUGAGCUUCCAUGUCUCCAAUGCCACUUGGGAGCGGCGCUGGCCCGGCAGGGAUGCGGUGGCCACCUUUGCUGAGAGGGAGCUCAUGAAGUACCCCAAAACCACCCGGGAUCUCCAGCAUUUCCUCAACACAACCUGUGUGGGCAUCCUGCAGGCUCAGAGUGCUGCGACGGGUAAACAGAGCAGCCGGUCGCACGCUCCACUGGUGCUGGGCCUGAUCCUGGGGACCUUCGCCUUGCUGGGCAUGGCCGUAGGGAUCUUCCUGUGCACAGGAGGGAGCUGCUAG